AUGUACAUUCCCACCAAGUCCACACAAAGUACGCCCAUUUCGUCCACGGACACGGACGGAGGCUGCACCUCAGAAGACUAUCUGGUGCAGUAUCUGAUUGAUGGUGAGCUCGGUGGUUCGAAGGGGACCUCGGCAAACCAUAGUACUGUAGUAGCAGUACUAGUAUUGGACGGUCGCAUGUCGGAGAUGGUGUAUGACGGGCCAAUGGCGGAGAUGGCUGCUCAAGGUAGCGCACAGUGCACCACACAGGAGCAUUGGUUUGGAUGCGAAAAAGGAUCCGGGCAGAUCCAGGAAGUCCCGGCAAACACAAAUAGUCGAGCACAAGCGCAAGAAAUGAGCUAUGAGGAGAAGGCCAAGGGGAUGGAGGAGGAAGCUGUGGCUAUUAAUGACGGGGAAGAUGUGUCGUUUGAGUUCUCGUCCGAUACCAUGAACAAAACUUCGAGCCUCUUGUCAUCGGGCAGCACGUCACACAUGUUUAGGCGCGUCGUCGCGAUAGUGGAGGCGUUUGGAUUGGGAAACCUCGACGGAGAGUAA